AAUCCAUAUGGCGAAGAAGACAACAAGAGCCCAUUUCCCCUGCAACCCAAGUCAAAGAGAAGCUAUGCACAGAAUGUAACCGUAUGGAUUAAACCUAGUGGGCUGCAGGUAACUGCCUUGAUGGAGUUGAAUCGUCUUCGAAAGGCAGCACUUGCCUUCGGGUUCCUGGACCUCUUGAAGGGAGUGUCUGAUAUGCUGGAGAGGGAAUGUACUCUGCUUCCUGACAACGCUCAUCCUGAUGCCGCCUUCCAGCUCUCACAUGCAGCAGCUCAACUCAAACUGGCCAGCACUGGAACCUCUGACCCACGCUUCCUAUGACAAUAACAUUGCGCCUCUGCAGACGGACUUCUCUGGCCGUGGCUCUGAAAGAAUGUGA